AUUUAACAAUAAAAAUAUAAAAUCCUGACAUAAAUUAAAUAAAACAUCAGUUUUUUAGUAACUGUCUUUCUAUAGCAAGGAAUUUCCCACCCCUACUGGAGACAAGUAGUUUCUACAGGCAGCGUUCAUAAAGCUAAACUAGACAUUACACUAUGCAAAUUAUUAUUAUUAUUAUUAUUAGUUUGCGGUAAUUAUGAUUAUUUAUUUAUUUUUGACAUGCGCAGAUCAGAUGCUAACUGGUGAACAGAGAACGGUCGCGCGCCCAUUUAGUUUAGUCGCUAGCUAGCAACAAAAGUUUUUUGUUUGUUUGAUUUGAAAAAAAAACUGUUUUACAGUUUGUUUAAGCGUAAAAAUUUAUUUAACAAGUAAUAACGAUAUAUCGGUCCAUUAUCGAGUGUUUUUGAGGUUUUAAAAUGUAUCACAGCAGCACAGAGGAGGUAACGAGUGGUGACGCCUCAGAACGUGGACAAGUCCGGAGGACAGCCGCGAGCAGAGGACCGAAUCAAACUACCACUUCUUCUUGUGAUCCAGCAUCACUUUGCUCAGCUCUUUCUCCUCAAAGUUCAGAUGAGAGCAUAUCUAAAUCAAGUCAUGGUCCAGCCCAACCGGGAAUGGCUUCAGGCCAGCAUCCUAACAGCUCCAGGGCUGGGAGGACAGCUUCAUCACUCCUCGUGUCCACCUCAGACAGCUCCUCUUUUCACUGUGGAGAAACACCAAGAGUCAGAAGGACACCAGGUUCUGCAGGGCCCACAGGAGCCAGUUGCUCAUCAGGAUCUACAAGCUCUGGUCCCACUGUGAUUGUAGCUGUGGUUGAAGGCCGUGGUUUUGCAAGGGGAGAGAUCGGCAUGGCCAGUUUCAACCUGAAAUAUCCAGAGCUUGUACUUUCUCAGUUUGCAGACACAGGAACAUAUGCCAAGGUUAUAACAAAGAUUCAUAUCUUGAUGCCAGUGGAAAUAUUGAUGCCAGACACAGCCAGUGAGAAGGGAAAAAGGACCAAGCUGUUCAAACUGAUCACUGAGAAUUUCCCGGGUGUGACUUUUACUGCGAUCCAACGGAAGUAUUUUAAUGAAAAGAAAGGACUGGAGUACAUCCAGCAGCUGUGUGCUCCAGAAUUCAACACUGUCCUGAUGGAAGUGCAGGCCAAGUAUUACUGCCUAGCGUCUGCAGCUUCUUUGCUGAAAUAUUUAGAGUUUCUCCAGAACUCUCUUUAUGCUGCAAAGUCACUUAAAGUGAGCUUCAAAGGGAGUGAGCAGACAGCUAUGAUUGACUCGGCAUCUGCUGCUAACUUAGAGUUAGUGGUCAACAACAGAGACCACAGGAGUGAACAGACCCUUUUAGGGGUCCUCAACCACACAAAAACCCCUGGUGGAGCCAGAAGACUUCGCUCUAAUAUUCUAGAGCCUCUAGUUGAUGUGGACACGAUCAACAUCCGCUUGGAUGCCAUACAAGAGCUCCUGCAAAAUGAGGAGCUCUUCUUUGGACUGAAGAAUGCCAUCGGCCAUUUCCUCGAUGUUGACCGGCUGCUGUCUGUUCUGGUCCAGGUCCCAAAGCAGGAAACGGUUCAAGCUGCUGAAGCUAAGAUUACACACGUCAUUCAGCUCAAACACACACUGGAUCUGGUGCCACAGCUAAGGACGUUGUUGACGGACUGCAGAACAUCUCUGCUGAAGGCUUACAGCGCCGCGCUGGAAGACAACAGAUUCGACGUGAUCCUGGAGCAAAUCAAGACGGUGAUAAACGACAACACCACGUAUCUGAAAGGCAGCCUGAACAUGCGCACCCAGAAGUGUUACGCAGUGCGCCCCAACAUCAACGAGUUCCUCGACAUCGCCCGCAGGGCCUACACGGAGAUAGUCGACGACAUUGCAGGGCUCGUGAACCAGAUGGGAGAGGACUACGGCUUGCCGAUGCGCACCAGCUUCAGCACAACUCGAGGUUUCUUCAUCCAAAUGAAACUCGACGGUGUUGUUUUGCCCGAGGGCAAACUUCCCCCAGAGUUCAUCAAGGUCACCAAGCACAAGAACAACUAUGGCUUCACCACCGCAGACCUGAUGAAGAUGAACGGACGCUGUGAAGAAGCCCUGAGGGAGAUUUUUCACAUGUCUUAUGUGGUGAUAUGUCAGCUGCUUAGCACCGUCCAUGAGCACAUCCACUGCCUCUACAAACUCUCGGAUGCCGUAUCCAUGCUGGACAUGUUGAUCUCACUGGCUAAUGCGUGCACAAUCUCAGACUAUGUUCGUCCUGAGUUUACAGACACUCUGGCCAUCAAGCAAAGUCGUCACCCCAUUCUGGAGCGGCUAGCUCGACAGCAGCCGGUGUCAAACAACACCUACAUCACCGAGGGCAGCAACUUUGUCAUCAUAACAGGACCCAACAUGAGCGGCAAGUCCACCUACCUGAAGCAGGUGGCGCUGUGUCAGAUCAUGGCUCAGAUCGGCUCUUUCGUCCCGGCUGAAUAUGCCUCCUUUCGCAUUGUCGAUCAGAUUUUCACCAGAAUUGGUGUAGACGAUGAUUUUGAGACCAACUCUUCCACUUUCAUGCUGGAAAUGAAGGAGAUCUCUUACAUAAUCCACAACGGGAGCGACCGGUCCUUGAUCAUCAUAGAUGAGUUGGGCCGUGGCACUAGUGCUGAAGAAGGGAUUGGCAUCUGCCACUCAGUGUGUGAGUUCCUCCUCCGCCUCAAGGCGUUCACGCUGUUUGCCACACACUUCCUUGAGCUGUGUCAGCUGGAGUCUCUCUAUCCUAACGUAGAGAACCAGCACAUGGAGGUCCAGCACACACGCAGCGGUGACUCUGGUGCAGAGCAUGUGGUGUACACAUAUCUGCUGAGCCGUGGCUCCUCUGAAGAGAGGCAUUAUGGUCUGAGAGCAGCAGAAAUGACUGCACUGCCUUCAGAUGUGAUCCAAGAAGCUAAGACGAUUGCCUCUCAAGUCAGCCGGCAGCUUCUGGCGAGACAUCAAACUGAUCCAGAAACUCAGAGACAGAGAGCGGUUUACCGUCUGGCCACUCGCCUCCUGCAGACCGCCAGAAACUCAAGACUAGACCCUGAAAGCUUGAGGAUGUAUCUGAAGGGACUGAAGAGGCAGUAUGAGGCCGAGCUGCAGGCCGUCGGAGAACUUUAACUCAGAGGAUGAAUAAUUGAUUUUCUCCUCACGAUGGAAGAUGAACUGGAAUAAAACGACAUUGUUCGUCCAUUUUUACAGGGCAUUUUGAGUGUAUUUGAACAUUAAAGGCCAGCGAUAAUAUUUUCUGUUAAAUUGUUCUGUUUGACAGUAUGAUACAACACAAUGUCUGUAAGGAUUUGUUUUAACAGAUUUGUAAAAAUUUAAAUAAAAAAUUGAAUAUAAAAAUAAAA